CGCAUUAUCUUCAAGUUUCGAGCAAGAAAGAAAUCCAACGCUAGUUUCCAAAUUCCGUUGCCACACAGUUUAAAAUCUUCAACCUAAAAACUACUUAAUUGCCUUUUCAGAAUUGAUUCUUCUUUCAAUAGAUUACUCCCUCGUCCUCGCUGCAUCGCGCUUGUACUCGUCUCACUCGCUCAUGAAUGAUUUGAUCAUACGGUGUUCUUGCGGUUUAGGAAAAAGAAACAAAGAAGAGAGAAAUUCGAAAUCGAGCGGCCAACAGGAGCGGUUAAGAGGUUAGGACGGCUCGUUGGUGGGGUUAGGUGGAUUUUUCAAAUGGUAUAUCAUGCUUUGCAAUUCAUUGAGAGAUCGACUUCGGCCAUGGCUUCGUGAUUAUGAUAGGCUUCAGUCUUUCGCCGUCAUUCUCAUUUAUAUUCAGAUCGGGUGCGCAUUGAUUGGAUCCCUAGGGGCAUUGUACAAUGGUGUUUUGCUUAUAAAUUUGGCAAUCGCAUUGUUCGCGUUGGUAGCCAUAGAGAGCAGCAGUCAGAGUCUUGGUCGUACAUACGCUGUUCUCCUCUUCUCUGCCAUUUUCCUCGACGUCUUCUGGUUUAUUCUUUUCGCCUACGACACAUGGAACAUCUCAUCCAAGCAAUAUGGACCCCUUUUUACCUUUUCAGUGAAGCUUACUCUGGCUAUGCAGAUUAUUGGAUUUUCUGUUAGGCUAUCAUCUUCUCUACUUUGGAUUCAAAUUUACAGGUUGGGGAUUUCAUACAUGGAAACUUCAGUUCCCCGAGAGGCAGACUACGAUCUGAGAAAUAGUUUUCUUAGCCCGGCUACUCCUGUUGUAGUUAGACAACCAUCAGGUUCCGAUGACAUGAUUGGGGGCUCUAUCUAUGAUCCAACUUACUACUCGUCCCUAUUUGAAGAUGGUCAAGAUAGUAAAUGUUUGUCUGGGAUCUCUCAUUUCGGUAAUGGUGAUAAUGGUUCUACCUCUGGGCCAGAUGUAUCUCGAUCAAAGCUGUCCAGACAUUUCCAAGUAGCAGAUUCUUUGUAGGAUGAGUAUGCAGAUGGACAUCAGCAGACGGUUUAGAGCAUUGAGUUGGUGAAUUUGUUGACUAUCUGCUCCUAUUAUGAUAUCGCAAAUAUUGUCGUUUACAACUAUCUACUCAGUACUCAGGUGCGGCUGGUUAAUGUAGAGCGAUGUUGUACAGCUUCACAUUAUUAGGUAUAAUUCUUUCUUCCCGGAUAAAUCUUUUUUCCAUUGAAGGAAAUGGCUUAAGCGAUGCGUUGGCUUUGGCGUCUCAAGAGGGAAACAAAUUCAUAAAAAGAACUAUGACUUUCACUCUUUCUGAAUUCCGUAGAUAAAGGGCCAGUUAGAUCUUGGAGCGGAAGAAAUCUGUGGCUCAUGGAAACGCAUUUUUUCUAUUGUAGUAUUUUCAAAUUUUGGGGAGAUUGUGGAAAUUAACCUACCUUACAAGGUGAACUAUCAUUUUGUUUUGUUAUAUCUAAAUAAUACGUCUCGUGGUUCUCGACUGAAUGUGUUUUCUUCGA